CCUCCAACGGCCAUUCCCAGUUCCCACUCUCUCUCCUCUCUAUCUGUUUCAUUUCAGUCACAAAAAUGGAGAUUUUCACAACAAAAUCAGUGCCCAACACUUCCCCCAUUUUCCCCAUUCCUCAACACUUUACCGACUACGGCUUUGAACCUCAACUCCACUACUUUCAGGUUUUGGAAGAAGCUCGGAAGCAGAAGAGGGAGAGAUCCAUAGACCUCCAUUUGAAGCUGCAGAAGCCCAUCUCCAAAGACGAAUCCUCCAAGAAAAUCAAGAAGACCAAGAAACGGUGGUGGCGCAACGCCCUUCGCUUCUUCAAGCCCCCCAAAGGGGCGCCUCCCGCCGCCGCCAAUCACGACGGCCGCUGCUGCUACCGCAUUUCGAGCCCGAUUUACAUCACCGAGAGCAGGAGCGGCGCCUCUACCCCUUACAGGAGGCCCGGUGAGGCGGCGGGUGUCCCGUAUUUCAGUCUCCGGGAGCUGAAUGCGGCGGAAGGCCACCGGAUUUCUGCGGCGGAGAUGCCAAUUUAUUUGGUCACGUGAUGACUGACUUGAACGCCUUCUUGGGCUUUUGUUUGAAGGGAAUUUUUUUUAGCUUUCCUAUGUAACCUUUUUUGACCCGAUUUGUUUAUUUCAAGUUGGGUUUUUUUCAAGAAUGUCACUCUCUUUUUAUUUGCAGAGGGGAAUUAAAAAAAUUAAGAGAAAAGAAGAAGAAGAUUGUGAUUGUAUUGAUUGGGAAUGCAGUUUGGUUGUGAUGGUUUUUCUAAAUUGGGUCUUUCCCUUUUAUUGAAUCACUUAUUGUGAUUGUAUAGAUUUGGGAAAUUCAAUUUGGUCGUGA